AUGGAUAUGACGAAUCCAAUGCAGGAUGAUAUCCUGUACGACUCUAUCCUCGAACUUGGCCAGGGCGAUUGUAUAGAUACGCCAUUCUCAACAGUAACUUCUGCAUUCUAUCACCAUGCAAAGAAGUAUCCAGACGCCACAGCUCUCCGCGAUAUCACAGAAUCCCCGAAGGAGUUGACAUACCGAGAACUCGCAAACCGAGCACAAAACUUGGCUUCGCAUCUCAUUGCUCAGGGUGUCUGCCCUGAUUCGAGGAUCCCUCUUGUUGCUAAAAGGGGAAUUGACAUGGUCAUCGGCAUAUUAGCGAUCCUUUCAUGUGGUGCCCAAUACGUUCCCCUAGACGGUGGUGUUGUCCCUGACGAGACUAUUCGUCGCGUGCUGGAGGAAUCAAAAGGUGGCGUGGUUCUUUGUUUGACUUCAACAAAGCACCGCGUGGAAUCCCACUUCGGCCAUACUGUGGUUGCUAUUGAUCAAGUAGCAACCCCCUCCCUUGAGGAGAACUCUCACAUAGAUCUUGCAUCACCAGAAACCGGCUGCUACGUGAUAUACACAUCCGGAACGACAGGCAAGCCCAAGGGAGUUGAUGUCACACAUAAGAAUGUCGCCAACCUAGUAUGCUUAUCCCCUGGAGAUCUGGGUGUGAAGGUUGGCACUUGCGUUGGCUCGGUCCUCAACAUCAGCUUUGACAUGGCGGCGUGGGAGAUCUUUGUUUGUAUCUGUAACGGAGGCACACUAGUCCUUAGAGGUUCCAGUUGGGAGUCAACCCUUCAACAGAUUGAUGUGCUCAUCUGCACACCCACGAUUCUUUCCAAAUACCAUCCAGCACAGUUUCCCAGAAUCAAGACUGUUGCCACAGCCGGAGAGCCCACAACAAGAAGACUUGCCGACCUGUGGGCAGAACAUGGUACAUAUUGGAACUGUUGCGGACCAACCGAAACGACCGUCGUCAACACCAUGCAUAAACACACUGUUGGAAAGGAACUGUCAAUCGGUCGACCGACUCCGAACAAUAGAGUAUAUGUCCUCGAUGGCGAAGGCAAGCCGACGCCCAUGGGUACCGUUGGAGUGAUGUGGGCUGGCGGGCUCGGAGUAUCUCGAGGCUAUAUUGGUCUCGAAGACAAGACAGCUGAGAGAUACAAGCCAGAUCCGUUUUCUAGAGAUGGGUCGUUAAUAUACAACACUGGAGAUCUCGGCCGCUGGCUACCUGAUGGUUCAAUUGAGAUUCUCGGCCGAGUUGAUGACCAAGUCAAAGUCAAGGGUUUUCGUGUGGAGCUAGAUGGCGUGACUGCAUCUCUGGUAUCGGCGCCCGGCGUGUCUCAGGCGGCUGCGCUGUUGAUCGAUGGAGAAAUCCAUGGAUUCAUCACCCCGCGUAACUGCGAUGUAACCACGACGAUUAAGCAUAUGCAUCAACACCAACCAUAUUAUGCUGUACCGACACACCUCCACGCCUUGGACGAGCUUCCCUCAACGCCGAACGGCAAGGUCGACAAGAAUAGACUCAAGGUACUGGCCUUGACUGAGCAGAGUACUACCACACAAGCAUGCGAGAAUGAGAAGAUCCAAGAAUCUCGUGUUGAGCUCAAGUUCCAACCUUCCAUGUCUACUUUGGCAACUCUUACGGACAAGUUGGACCUCGAAAGCGGCAUUCCUGAUAAGGCAAUGGCUCGACCGCUUAGAGGCCUAAGACGCAGGGUCUUCAUCGUCUACCGUACACUGUUCAGUUUGAUCGGAUUACUGAACUUGGCAGCGUUGAUCUGCGUGAUCGCUCUUCAUCUUGAUUCCGAAUGGUUGGGUAUCAUCACCGCUAUCAACCUCGCAGUUGCAGUGCUCGUACGACAAGAUACGGUGAUCAACAUCCUGUACACUAUCUUUUGCUCAAUGCCAAAGAGUUUCCCACUCUGGGCCAGGGUUCGCUGCGCCAAGAUUUAUCACCUAGGUGGUCUGCACUCCGGGGCGGGUGUUUGUGCCACUGCAUGGCUAGUCAUCUCAACAGUCCGUGGGACAAUCUGCAAUGCAGGCUUCUGCAAAGGUCAUGCGACAGUUUCCUUGGCGACACUUGUCGUAUCGUGGAUUCUAUGCGGGCUCCUGUGCUCUAUGGUAGCCACUGCAUGGCCUUCGUUCCGUAAGCAGUACCACAACUUCUUUGAGCGUUUCCACCGUUUUGCAGGCUGGACAUCGCUGGGUCUGUUUUGGGCCCGCACAAUUCUAGCAAUCAAUGAUUCUCGACCUCAAGGCCAAGAUCUUCGUCUCGCCGCUGUCAAGAGUCCAGACUUCUGGCUUUUGAUUGUGGCAACUUUGAGUAUCGCCUCUUCAUGGUUCUUCCUACGCAAGGUUCCCGUCGAGGCCGAAGUGCUUUCCGAUCAUGCAGUCCGGCUGCAUUUUGAUUAUACCGUUCCUGUAAACGGCAGCUUCACGCGACUUUCUCGGCGGCCAUUGAUCGAGUGGCAUUCUUUUGCAACCAUCCCCAACCCAGAAGCCAACGGCCACGCCAAGGGUUAUUCGCUGGUAGUCUCUAAUGCUGGCGAUUGGACACGCUCCUGUAUCAAAAACCCACCGAGUAAGAUUUGGGUGCGUGGUGUGCCGACUUGUGGGGUGAUGCGCAUCGCAACUCUCUUUAACCGUGUUGUGAUUAUCGCCACAGGCUCUGGGAUUGGACCGCUACUGGGACAUAUAGUCAAGCAGUCGUGUCCCACUCAGCUGAUCUGGUCUACGACAAGACCUGAAAACACAUUUGGUAAAGAGCUUGUCGGUCAGGUCCGAGAUGCUAUUCCAGACGCGAUCAUCUGGGACACCAAAGCUCAAGGUCGACCAGAUCUUGUACGAAUGGGCUACAACGUGGCUAAGAACUUCGACGCCGAAGCUGUGAUAAUCAUCGCAAACGAAAAAAUCACAAAAAAGGUCGUGUACGGCCUCGAAACACGCGGCAUGCCGGCUUUUGGUGCCAUCUGGGAUAGUUAA